AGAGAUUAAUGCGUUAACAAAUUUCCAUGAUUUGAAAACGUAAACUCUAGUCAAUAACGUAUUAUGUUAUGGCAGGCUUCAUAUUUAGACUUGUGCUUUUAAUUUGGAAAUGGCAUUUGCUGCUGCCUCCAAAGUGUAUCACUGCAGUUCAGCAUAUUGGGCAUUUCUGGUAAACUUGUUCUUAACGCUUAGCAAAAUGUGGCUGAUAUUUUAUUGUUUAUCUUCAUGGAAACUGGAAUAAUUUGAUCAAAAACAGAUUUGUAUAAAAUGAGGUGAAAAUUCUUGCUGAUUAUUGUCCCCUAAUAUACUGUCCUCUGUUGUUGCCUCAGAGUGUAAAGCUGUACAGUAAUGGCGACCCCAAAGAGAAAGCAUGAAAGAACCUUUAGAGUAGAGUUCAAGAAUUAAGGCAAGUAGACAAGCCAAAGACCUCUUAAGGAUCAGGCUUGAAGAGAAGGGAAAGUUUGGGAAAAGAAAAGAUAAAGAAAAGCUGGAAGAAGGACAAGCCAUAAUGGGAGACAAAGCUUCGCUUUAUCUACAAAUGGGGGAAAAGGUUGUUUUUCAAAGUGUAAAGAUAAAGCCAUCUGUCACUUUUGACCAAGCAUCUCAAGUCCUUCUGACAAGCACUUAAAGAGUUAAAGGUCAAGAUGAAGUUGACUGGUGGCCAAGAUAAAAGGAACCUUACCUGAUAUGUCCGGGAUGCUGAAGAUGCCCUUCAUAAUUUGGACCGGAAGUGGAUUUGUGGCCGCCAAAUAGAAAUCCAGUUUGCCCAAGGAGAUCGGAAAACACCAAACCAAAUGAAAGCUAAGGAAGGCAGAAACGUGUACAGCUCUUCUCGUUACGAUGAUUACGACAGAUACAGGCGUUCAAGAAGUCGCAGUUACGAACGGAGGUCAAGAAGCCGUUCUUUUGAUUACAGCUACCGCAGAUCUUAUAGUCCUAGAAACAGUAGACCUGCUGGAAGACAUCGCCGUAGCAGAAGUCGUUCAGAUAAUGAUAGGUUCAGACACCGUAACACAUCUUUUUCAAGGUCAAAGUCCAAUUCAAGAUCACGAUCUAAGUCACCAGCCAAAAAAGAAAUGAAGGCUAAAUCACGGUCUAGGUCUACAUCUCGCACUAAAUCUAGAGGCAACUCUAAAAUGGAUUCUAAGGCACAUUAUAAGUCCAGCUCAAGAUAUGAAAAAGAAUCAAGGAAAAAAGAAUCAGCUAGAUCCAAAUCUCAGUCAAGAUCGCAGUCUAGAUCUAGAUCAAAAUCCCGAUCCAGAUCAUGGGCUAGUCCCAAGUCCAGUGGCCACUAACCAAUGUACUUUGUUUUUUAGGCAUGUAUCAUCUAGAUAAAUAGUUGAGUUAUGAUGUUGCAACAUUGCUUUAAAAUAAUUUUGUUAGUUAUCCCUGGAGCAGGCAAUUAUUAUUAUUAAAAAAAUACAAUACAGAGAAUCUUACACAAGAGAGUCCACUUUGUUAAAUGUCUUGGGCAGCUACUAAGGUUCUUGUGUUUCUAUGUAUAUUUUUGUAAAAACAAGUAUGGUUUUAUGCUUCAAACAUCAGUGGUAUCUCAAUCAUCACGGUUUACACCAUGGCUUAAUUUCUGCUGUAUGGCCAGCAGAUUGAGCAAUUCUUCUGCAAUAGUGACUGCUAAGAGCUAAAAAAAGUCAAGACUCAAAAAGGUUGUAAAGGCUGGCUUGUCAUGCACAGUUGUGCCAGAAAUGGUUGGUUCCUUGGCCAUCUGAAAGAUAUUGAAAUACUUACUGAUAACUUCUGAAGUGAUGGUUCUGAGAAUAAAUUAGAAAGAGCAGAAAUUACUCACAAGGGUUUACUGUGGAUUUGUCAAGAUUCAGGUGCUUUUUCCCAAUGUGUUAUCCUCCAAAACUAAAAUACUCAGUUAAAUCAUUAGGUAAAUGUUCAUGUGCAAUGUGGUGUUCUUUGAGAUUUAGUGAGCAAAUUAUGUAAGGUUUUUUGCUGCAUUAAAUUCAGAUAAAACAUCUCAGAUUAAUGCAUACCAUGCAUAAACUAAACUUCAAUGCCAAUGACUUUAUAAGCAGUUUCUGUGUCUGUUUAGUGCCCCAGGGUUUCUUUAGCAGUGUCUCUAAAUGGAAGUCACAGUUUGAGUUUAUACAUCAAAUCUCUCUCUUCAGAUCAGGAGGGUUAUUCAGUGUAUGCUGAGACUUGUUUUUGUUUGUUGUAACAUUAUCUAGACUAUGGAGAGUUGCCAUGGCAUAAUCUCAAAGUAUUCUCUGGAAGAACAUUAUAAUGUAUUAAGAACAUAGCUUUUCUAUUGGAAGUAUGAAAGUCAGUAUCCAGUAUUAAAGGCCUCUACUUCUGUUUAGCAGGAAGAUUUGUUUCUGCAGCAAACUGAUUUCAGAUUUAAGUUCUAGCUGUUCAAAUACAGUAAGCCACUCAGGAGUAAAGAUGGCUUUUAAAACACUGGUUGUUCAAUGUGCUGAAGGGGUGAUUCUAGAAUCUUUGUAUAUUUGAUAGCCUUUCUGAUUUUUGUUUGAUAUUACAGUAAAAGUUAAUGUCCUGCUAUGCAAUCAUUUAUUGCUUACUUACAUCCUUUAUUUUUUUGUAGAGUUCUCCCUAAUGUAUAGUUUAAAACAAAGUGUAAAAUUGUAGUAUUACUGUGCAGCUCUGGUCAGAGGAAAGUCAUGGAAAUAAACUUUAUAUUUCCUUUCUUAUGGAGGCUUCCAAAAAGGUAUUUUUAUAUGUUUUUUUU